UUGUUGUGGUAGAGCAUUUGGCGGAGGAGCCAGAUGGCGCUGCAGACUCCAAUGAAAAGGCGGAGGAUGAAGCUACUGGUGAGAAGCCGGAUGAGACCCAAGCUGCUGGUGAGAAGCCGGAUGAGACCCAGAAGGAGGCAACCGGUGCUGUGGAGCCCGAUGGAAAGGAGGAGGAUGGAGCGCAUGAGCUGGCGAAGUCUGGUCGAAAGGAGGCAUCGGGAUCUCAGAGUGGAAAGAAGGCCAGGGGUAAGACGCGGGCAUUUCUCUUAGUGACAUUGGAUCCAAAUGUUGUCGCCCGUGGUGGUGAUGCCUUGUUGGCUUUAUUUUUGUUCCGAGACCCAACUGGCGAGAGCGACAACACAGAAAAGCCGCAAGGAUCGAAGGGGAAUAGCUGGCAGGCUGGACUGGAGUUUGAGAAACAUACCAAAAUGAGUGCUGUGGCGGGCACGAUGAAUCAUGCUGCGUUGAGGAAGAGCCGCAAGGAUCCAAUUGGAGCCGCUGGAAGGAAAAUCCUCAGCAAUGGAAGUGGAGACGUUGGUGAGGUGGCUAUCACCACUUGUUGCACAUCACUCAUAGCUGGCUGCGUGACCUUUCCGGUUCCAGGUAACCCAGAUCUACCGGGAGACCUGGCCCCUCAACUGGCCAGAAUUGGUGGCUUGCUGGCUGCGGAAUUGCACAAGACAGAUCCAUGCAUUGCAGGAGACUUGGAUUGCGUGAAAUCCAUUGGCUUGUCCGGCACAGGCGUGCUGCUCACACGCAGUGGCACCUGUGCAGCAACGCUAUCAGUGAUGGAACUGAGUGGUGAUUCACUUCUUCGGAUCGGAGCAGGUGGAGAGGGAGGUAGAAGGGAGCAGGUGGAGGCUUCCACCUUGGGCGACGUGUCUUCCCUCAGCACUUUGUCUAUCUGGUACCAUCCAGUGAACACUUUGGCUGAACUCCCCUUCUAUGGCCAAAGCUUGGCUGCGGGAAAGGAGCUUUUGCAGGAGGCUUUCAACAAGCUGGGUAGGAAAGUAAGCCUAACCAGCCACCAAG